ACGACUGCUGUCUUCACAUUCAUUACAGCUCUACCUCUAGCUACCUCUAGUGUAUUUGCUGUUGACGCUGCGCGCGGUCAGGUACGGUACCGCCUGUCAGCAGUGAAGGAGUGAAGGCAGAUGAAGCGCCGCUGUUGGCUCAGCCCUCUCCUCCGCCGCCGCAGCAUCAGCAGCAUCAGCAGCAGGAUCUCAACAUGGUUGCAGCGCACUCUUCUUCACACUCGUCGGAAUCUGCGGAGUGGAUUAUUUGUCUGGAUAAGAGACCAGCAGAGCGCUCUGGGGAAGAUAUUGACAUAAUCCUGGCACGUCUGAAAAAUGUGAAGGCCUUUGAGAGAUUCCACCCCAGCUUGCUGCAGCAGAUUUGCCUGUGUGGAUUCUACGAGUGCUUGGAGAAAGGCAUCACCUUGUAUCGCCAAGGAGACAUUGGCACCAGCUGGUAUGCCGUCCUCUCUGGUUCACUGGAUGUCAAAGUUUCAGAGACAUCAAGUUAUCAGGAUGCUGUUACUAUAUGCACACUGGGGACUGGCACAGCAUUUGGGGAGUCGAUCCUGGAUAACACCCCUCGGCAUGCCACCAUUGUCACACGAGAAUUCAGUGAGCUCCUACGCAUUGAACAGAGGGAGUUCAGGUCUCUGUGGGAGAAAUAUCAUCAGUGCAUGGCUGGACUGCUCGCCCCACCAUAUGGUGUGAUGGAAAGUGGUUGUAGUGCCGACAGAAUGCCGGACAAAGAGAACAUAAGCAACAACUCAUUAGUUUCAGUCUCCAAACAUCAGCAUAAGAAGUCAUUCAUUGAAAGUCCAGCCAAACCCCACCUUAAAUGCAUUUCUCAGGUCCCCUCUGAGAAGAUCCUGCGGGCGGGGAAGAUUCUCCGUAACGCCAUCCUCUCCAGGGCGCCUCACAUGAUCAGAGACAGGAAAUACCAUUUGAAGACGUACAGGCAGUGUUGCGUGGGGACAGAGUUGGUUGACUGGCAAUUGCAGCAGAGCUCAUGCAUCCACUCUCGUAUUCAGGCUGUGGGCAUGUGGCAGGUGCUGCUGGAAGAAGGUGUUCUCAACCAUGUGGACCAGGAACUGAGCUUCCAGGACAAGUACCUAUUCUACCGCUUCCUGGAUGAUGAGCAGGAGGAUGCUCCUUUACCCAGCGAGGAGGAGAGGAAGGAGAGCCAAGAGGAGCUGCAGGACACCCUGCUCCUCCUCUUGCAGAUUGGACCUGACGCCCACAUGAGGAUGAUUCUGAGGAAACAUCCAUCUGAAAGAACAGCAGAUGAUUUGGAGAUCAUUUAUGAAGAGCUGCUCCAUAUAAAGGCCUUAUCUCACCUAUCCACCACUGUAAAGAGAGAACUGGCAGGAGUGCUGAUCUUUGAGUCCCAUGCAAAGGCAGGAACAGUGUUGUUCAGUCAGGGGGAGGAGGGCACAUCAUGGUACAUUAUUCUGAAGGGCUCAGUCAACGUUGUCAUCUAUGGAAAAGGUGUUGUUUGCACUCUUCAUGAAGGAGACGACUUUGGAAAGCUCGCUCUCGUCAAUGAUGCCCCCCGUGCUGCCUCCAUUGUCCUGCGAGAUGACAACUGUCACUUCCUGAGAGUAGACAAGGAGGACUUCAACAGGAUUUUGAGGGACGUGGAGGCCAACACGGUGCGUCUGAAGGAGCACGGUCAGGAUGUUCUGGUGUUAGAGAAGAGUCUCAGCUGCAGUCGAACCUCCAGCCACGGAGCCUCAUCCUCCCAGUACAAAUACAGGGUAAUGUCGGGGACUCCGGAGAAGAUUUUGGAGCACCUCCUCGAAAUGAUGCGAUUGGAUUCUCAAUUCACAGAGUCAGACUCAGCCUUAGAUGACUUUGUGCUCAUGCACUGUGUCUUCAUCCCAAACAGUCAACUAUGUCCAGUGUUGAUGGCCCACUACCAUGCCCAGGCCUCGCAGGGCUCUGAACAGGAGAAGAUGGACUACACACUUAACAACAAGCGCAGGGUGAUCCGCCUGGUGAUGCAGUGGGUUGCUGUACAUGGAGAUAACCUGCAUGAGGAGGACGUUUCGGUGGCCUUCCUAGAGGAGUUUCUCUUGGCAGUAUCUAAUGAUGCCAAAGUGAUUCCAGCCCUCAGGGAUCAACUAACAGAACUGGAGAGGAUUGUAAAGCGAAACGCUGAAGAUGCCAGAGUCUCACAGAAAAAGCACAAAGUCCUACUGCGGCAGUUCAGUAUGGGAGAUGAGAAGCUUCAGAAACGUCAGCCCAUCAAGAGUAAUGAUGAAAUUCUGCUCAAAGUCUACUGCUGUGACCACACCUACACAACAAUCCGUGUCCCUGUGGCCGCCUCUGUCAGGGAAGUCAUUGGUGCUGUGGCUGACAAGCUAGGGUCAGCGGAGGACCUGCUCCUGGUCAACCUCAGUUCGGCAGGAGAGAAAGUCAUCUUCAAGCCCAAUGAUGUUUCAGUGUUCUCCACACUCAGCAUAAACGGACGGCUGUUUGCCUGCCGGAGGGAUCAGUUGGAUUCUUUGACCCCUUUACCUGAGCAGGAGGGUCCCUCUGCAGGGUUCUUGGCCAGCUUUGAGUUAAUGAGCUCUAAGGAUGUGGCAUACCACAUGACUUCCUAUGAUUGGGAGCUUUUUCACUGUGUACAUGAGCUUGAACUCAUCUACCACACAUUUGGGAGGCAAAACUUCAAGAAAACCACUGUGAACCUGGACCUGUUCCUGAGGAGGUUUAAUGAAAUUCAGUUCUGGGUGAUUACAGAGAUGUGUCUGUGUUCUCAGCUCAGCAAGAGGGUGCAGCUCCUCAAGAAGUUCAUCAAGAUUGCCGCCCACUGCAAGGAGUACAGGAAUCUGAACGCCUUCUUUGCUGUCAUCAUGGGACUGAGUAACCCAGCAGUGUGCAGAUUGAGUCAGACCUGGGAGAAACUUCCCAGCAAAUUCAAGAAGUUUUACGUGGAAUUUGAAAACUUCAUGGACCCGUCCAGGAACCACCGGGCGUACCGACUGACAGUUGCCAAGCUGGAGCCUCCCAUCAUUCCCUUCAUGCCGCUGCUGAUCAAAGACAUGACAUUCACUCAUGAGGGCAACAAGACGUUUAUCGACAAUUUGGUCAAUUUUGAGAAAAUGCGGAUGAUAGCUAACACAUUGAAGAUAGUGAGAUUCUGUAGGAGCCAACCAUUCAGUCCAGAUUCCCCUCUGGCCAGCAAGAACCACCCAGAAGUUCGCACUUAUGUACGUCAGCUCAACGUGAUCGACAACCAAAGGACGCUUACUCAGCUCUCUCAUGGACUUGAGCCCCGCAGGUCUUGAAACCACUCAGGGACAGAAAUGUUACGCUCUGAUGCUGCUUCACUACAUGGCAUGUGCUUGCAUUGGGAUGAAUUUACUCCAAUACAGGCAAUCCCAUGGAGGACCUAAUGAUGUAUCAGAUAAUGAGAUAUUGUUUCAGAGGCUGUUGCCUGACUUGUUAAGCCUUUUAUUACUGUCAUUUGUGAUAUUUUAACAACAGUAAUUGUUGGUGGGUGAAGUACCUCUCAUAUCACUGCUGCAGAUAUCACCAUCAUCUCCAAGUCAAACAAGAGCGACAAUUGAAGAAAUUAACAAUCUUUGGGGGGCGGGGGAUCUCAUUCAUUAGAUUAACAUUUCAGACGUAAACACUAUGUGAUGCUGAUGCUUUAAAAAUGCCAAGUCUUGAUAUUCCUGAUAUUCAGUUGUUUCGUAUCUUUUGUAUCAAACAAUAUUUAUACAUAUUUAAGUUUGUGAGAACCUUAUGUGUUGUAAACUGUAUACAGGUAUUUAUUUUGACCUCAGCAUGCAAAGAACUAUUAUGAUUGUUUGACUUUUUAUUCAUGUGAGCACAUUUAUCUGUGGAAGUCUGAGAUACAGUAAAUGUCUGAAAACCUUUUGUGUGCUUUAAGUAUUAAAUAUUUUAGAUGUAUUUGUGCA